AUGGAGAGACUUAGGGUCGAGGUUGGCCAUGUUCGUGGAAAAGUGGCCGAGAUGGACGCUGCAGUCGCGGCUGAGCUGCCCACCGAAGCUGGUAUAACGUACUUGCAGGUGAAGAAUCAUGCGCUACUGAUGUACACCAAGAUGGAGCUUUUUUUCGCACUACUAAAGCUGGAGGAGCCGGAGAAGGUGAAGGGGCACCCAGUUUUCAAGGAGCUCGUGCGCUAUCGCACGUUGCUGGAGCGUAUUCGUCCUCUAGACCGAAAAAUGAAGUAUCAGGUCGACAAAAUGCUGAAGGUGGCGCUGUCCGAUGGCAAGGGAUUGGACGAGUCGUUGAGCUACGCACCCAACCCGGGCCAGCUCGCUACCGCGGGUGAACUUGACGACGACGAGGAAGGGAUUAAAGGUAGUUCUGGUGCAAAAGAUGGUAUCUACCGUGCACCACGCUUGGCGGCUGUGCCGUACGAGGAGGAGGAGCGUGCGCAGGUGAAGCAGGCCAAGCAGGACGAACGUAAUCGCAAGCGUCUGCAGAAGAGCACAAUUCUAGCGGAGUUGCGUGAGGAGUUCAGUGAACGUCCAACGGAAAUUCUGGCCAGUGGCACACAUGUAGUGGACAAGGAAAUUGCUCGCGAGGAAGCCGAGAAGAAGGAUUUUGAGGAAUCACGCUUUGUGCGUGUGGUCACGUCACGCAAGGACAAGAUUCGUAAACGGCAGCGAGAGAUGGAGGCAAGUCGCACGGAUAAUGUUGGCUCGAUCGAAAACUUUGCUUCCGUUCAGGACAUUUUGUCCUUGGAUAAAAAUAAGCAUCGUAUUCCAACGCCACGCGAACCGAAGAAGAUUGGCGGCAAGACUGGCGGUAUCUUUUCACACGUUGAUGCACCGACUGAAAAGAAGCGAAAGGUGGUGCGAAGUGGCGGCAGUAGUGUGGCUGCAUCUUCGAGUACUACUGUGUCUGGAGACACGGAAUUUACGAAAAAGAGGGUAUCCGAACAGAAGAAAAAGGUCGUUUUUGCGAAUUUCUUCUCGUAA